AUGGGGAGCAAAGGGAGUGAGUGGCAGGUGCUACAGCCCAAGGGCCCCAUGCUGGUGGCAGAAAGUAAAGCACUCCUACUGUGGUGGACAGUGGAUGGCUCUGACACUGAUGACAUCCUUAAAUGGGUCAAGGUGAGCCAUCAGCACCGGCAGGAGAUUUGUAACUUCAAACAUGGCUGCUUUCCUGGGGUGACACCAGUGAUCCAGGAGACACUGGAGCCACUUGGUUGUGACUGUUCCAUCUAUAUCCACAAUGUCCCCAGCAAGCAUGCUGGAAGCUACCACUGUGUGGGGGUUAGUGACUUGAGUGAGAAAUCAGAAAAGGUCCUAGAGGAGGGCACCUCCAUGCUUGUGAAAGGAGCCAGGGACCCAGACCCAGACCUCUGGAUCAUCCAGCCCCAGGGGCUGGUAUUGGCAACCACUAGAGACACUGUAUUCCUGAACAGCACAGUGCUUGGAGAUAGUCCCCCAGAACCCAUUAGGUGCUUUUGGGGGGCUGGCCUAAGCUGGGAGGCCAUUUACAACUUUGAAGGUAUCUUCCACCCCAACAUGACAGCAGUCCAGGACUCCAGGAGGGAUUUUAGCACUCUUCUGCAAGGUGCCUCCACUGAGUAGGUAGGCAACUACUACUGUGCCAAGUUUCAGAGAAAACUCAACGGACAAUACCUGUCUGGACAGGGCACCAAGCUGAGAGUAAAAGGUGAGACAGGUGGUUUAGGGGGCAUCAGGGCGAGGGGGAGACCUCCUGUCUAUGCUCACACUCUGAUCCUGCAGCUGAAGACAGUGAUCUUGGUUGCACUCCUGCUGGCCCUGGCUGCCUGCCGGAGGAGGCCCUGGCAAGAAGACAUCAAGACGCCAGGCCCAGCAGGACAGAGCCCCCCUUUAGCAUGGGGCGUGGACCAUGGGUGA